AGUCAAAAACGUUGUCAAGGAAACAGCUGUUUUAGAUAAUUUAUUUAAAAAUUCUUCAAGAUUAUUAAAGUUUAUGUAUGAAUUAAGGGAAUAAUUUUAUCAGGGUUAUCUAAGUUUACUUUCAGAUUUGAAGUUGCGUAUUUUCAUAGGAAUAUAUUAUUUGUUCAAUGUCUACUGAGUGCAUAUGCUCAGUAUAAUUUGGUGUCAACAAGUACAUUGAUUAUUACAUUAAUAUCCUUUGAUUCAUUCUAAAUAUAUUACAAGAAUCUAAAAUGGACGAUGUCUCAAAAAUUGUUAUCCAACCUUUACGGGAAUCUAUUUAUUUGAAACCCUAUACUAUGCAUUUUGUCCAGAAUGGCACUAAAAGAACCUGGGACUUACUAACAGUACAUGACAGUGUAGCCAUAAUUUUAUUCAACGUUUCAAGAAACGUUUUAAUCCUUGUGAAACAAUUUAGGCCUGCUGUUUAUUAUGGAAGCAUUCCAGAAAAAGAUAGAAUUAUGGGAGAGGAGCUCGACACUAAGAAAUACCCACCAGAGUUAGGUAUUACGAUUGAAUUAUGUGCUGGAAUUAUAGACAAGAACAAAUCCGAAGCAGAGAUAGCCAAGGAGGAGGUUUUAGAGGAAUGUGGGUAUGAUGUCCCUGUUUCUAGCAUGCAAAAAAUAGGAUCUUAUAGAUCUGGCGUAGGUACUUCUGCCAGUCUACAAACUGCCUUUUACUGUGAAGUUACUGACGAUAUGAAAGUUUCAUCAGGGGGAGGAGUUGAUGACGAGAUCAUUGACGUUGUGGAAAUGACUGUUGAAGAAAUGAAGAAGUAUGUUACUCAGAAUUAUAUAAAAAGUCCUCCUAGUUUUAUGUUUUGUAUGUAUUGGUUUUUAUAUAACAAACAAAAGUGAUGUAACCAUGAUAUUAGAUAAUUUAUGAAUUAA